AUGACCUCCAAAGAGGCCGCCUUUAAGAAAUGCGUUGUUGCAAACGAAGAGUCGAGCAAUUACGGCAGUGGUGUCAAAUUACGGCGGGAACUGGGACUAUUCUCUGCCGUGAAUUUGAUACUUGGCGUUAUGAUUGGCUCAGGAAUUUUUGUAUCUCCGGCUUCUGCGUUAGAGCAUUCCGGUUCCGUCGCUUUAUGUUUAAUAAUAUGGACGUUAUCUGGAAUGAUAUCUUUACUAGGAGCCUUAUCAUUCGCUGAAUUAGGGACCGUGCUGGGUAAAUCUGGCGCCGAAUAUUCAUAUUUCCAGGAAGCAUUUGGAAAAAUUCACAAAUAUUGGGGUCCGUUACCCUCGUUUAUAUGUGCAUGGAUUUAUGUUGUCAUCUUAAGGCCAGCUGAAGUAGCUAUAAUUGUGAUGACUUUCGCCGAGUACGCAAUACAGCCAUUUACUGCUGAUUUAGAGGCUGGGUAUAAAGAUACGGCAAUUAAGCUAGCAUCAUUGGCAGCGUUGUUUAUAAUGACGUACAUUAACAUAACCAGCGUCAAAUUGUUCGUCAAGGUGCAGAAUAUUUUCGGGAUAUGCAAAGUUUUCGCCUGUCUUAUUGUCAUCGGUGGUGGAAUAUACGAAAUCGCCAAAGGUAACACAGCAAACUUAAACAAGGGCUUUGAAGGCAGCACUACGAGCGCUGGGGGAAUAGCUCUCGCUCUGUACUCCGGGCUGUGGGCGUAUGACGGAUGGAACAGUGUCACCGUGGUCACGGAGGAAAUUAUCAACCCUGGCGUAAACGUCCCACUCAGUAUAUCAAUAGCAGUGCCUCUAAUAACGGGACUUUACGUUUUUAUGAACGUAGCGUACAUGACCGUUUUAAGCUAUGCGGAAAUGACUUCAGUGCCAGCGGUAGCUAUCGCGUUUGGCGCUAGAGUACUCGGUCCCGCCAGUUUUUUGAUACCUCUCGGUGUUGCCAUCGCAACUUUUGGGUGCGCUAUGAGUGUGCAGUUUGGUGUAACAAGAGUGUGUUACACUGCAGCUAGGGGAGGGCAUAUGUUGGAAGUAUUCUCGUAUGUUAAUUUGAAACGACUCACCCCUGCACCGGCUGUAGCUUUUCAGGCAAUACUAACAUCAAUAUUUAUAAUUGUGGGUAACAUUAAAACAUUAAUAGAAUUUGCAAGCUGGUUUCUUUGGUUUUUCUACGGACUAGCCAUGGUGGCUUUAUUGGUUUUAAGAAAAACUCAAGCGGACAAACCUAGGCCUUACCGAGUGCCUACAAUUGUUCCAUGUUUUGUUUUGCUAGUGGCAAUAUUUCUUUCAGUGUUACCAAUUGUACACGACCCAUCCAUUAAGUAUUUAAUGGCGGUUGGGUUUAUCGUGUUAGGAGUGGGAAUAUACACGGUUUUCGUGUAUUACAAAAAAACGCCGACUGCUAUUUUAAGAAAAUUAACGUUCCUGAUACAAGUGCUUUUUGAGAGUGUGCCGCCUAACGACCGUCAAGACUGA